UUUUUAGAACUGAAUUUCGUUCAGACCCUUUAGGUUGAUUAUGUAUUUUUUAAUUAAUUCGGAUUCAUAAACAUGCCUAAGAGACAUAAAGUUUAUGAGAACAUAAAUACAUGCAGUUAUUUGUGAUUGCCAAUUUCAAAUUUAGUCUUUAGGUAUUCGUUUUUAAAAGCGCAUCUAUUGUGUCAUAGUUUAGUCAGCUCCGUGAUUUAUUAAUAUAAGUAUUUUUUUGAUGGAGCCAACAAAAUAAUAAAUUCAAUGAUCAAAAUAAUACCCAAGGUAUGUUUAUACCAGACACUUUAAGAGGCUGUAUGAUUGAGACGGACGUUUCUUCUUAUUUGCAAACUUCGUCAUCGGGACAGGAUGAAUUUCACCCUUUUAUUGAGGCAUUAUUACCGUACGUCAAAUCAUUUUCCUACUCUUGGUUUAAUUUGCAAGCCGCCAAGCGAAAAUACUAUAAGAAACAUGAAAAACGUAUGUCAUUGGAAGAGGAAAGGCAUUGUAAGGAUGAACUGCAGAAUGAAAAAACUGAGGUGAAGCAGAAGUGGGCAUCCCGUCUUCUUGGAAAACUCAGAAAAGAUAUUACCCAAGAAAGUCGGGAGGAUUUUGUGCAAUCAAUUAUUGGAAAACGCAAAUCAAUUUGUGUUCUAUCAAACCCCGAUCAAAAAGGAAAAAUGAGACGAAUAGACUGCUUACGGCAGGCUGACAAAGUGUGGCGGCUUGACUUGGUAAUGGUUAUACUUUUUAAAGCCAUUCCUUUAGAGAGCACUGAUGGUGAGCGGUUAGAAAAAAAUCCAGAAUGUUUACAUCCAGGAUUAUGUGUGAAUCCGUACCAUAUAAAUGUUUCUGUUCGAGAAUUGGACUUGUACUUGGCCAACUUUAUAAAUUCUCAUAAUUCAGUUAACAAUACGAUUUUUUCAACUACUCCGGGAGUAAGAUCGCCACACUUGAAUUUAUACAAUCGAAGUAAUGACACAAAAGAUGAGAACGCUGACAUAAAAAAUGAGGGUGUUAGACAAAAUCCAUAUAAUGGUGUAGUUUGUAAUGAUAUUAUUUUAGCGACUGGAGUAUUUUCAUCCCAAGAAUUAUGGACCUUAUCCAAAGAUUUAAUUUUAGAUGAAGGAAACGAUAAUACCCUGAACUCAAACCACAUUAAAAGGGAGAAUGAUGGAGCUACCUAUGAGUGCAAUACAUAUCAAAUUAACUCUGAAGCUUCAAUUUCUGCUUCCCUGGUUCAGUCUGGUUCAAUUGUGGCCAAUCAGAUUCCUCUUGGUUACAGUAUUGACUUUAUAGAUCAGAGAGGUAUACAUUUAUCACAAAGCCCCUUGCUACGUACAGAAGGCGCAAAUGGCGAUGCCCAUGAUGUCAACAAAAUUGAUCAGAGCAGCUCGCCGCCAAUCACAAGUAAUUCAUCGGACGAUGCAACAAGCAGAUUUCCCCUGAUCAUUAGAGCUACAGACAGCUCAAACGAAGAUCCAAAAACUACAGAUUCAUCAAUUUCCUUGCACCGCUACACAUCUCUUUGCAGCAGGCCACUUGGCCAAGUUGUACCACAAAAUAAUUGCUCUUCAUUAAAUACGGGUUCUUCGAGUCCAAUAAAUUCAUUAUAUUAUCAUCAACAUAACAACUUAAGACCAUCUCAAACUAAUUCCGUUGAAGAACAAAGCCGUGCUGGUUUCAAUAAAUAUUCAACGGAGCCUCAAGAUAUUUCUGAUUUCGUCACAUAUGUUUGUCAAGAUUCUAGUCACACGGCGACAAUAACGGGAUCAGUUGAAAAUAUUCCAUUUCAACAUCCCCAUAUACUUCAACCGUCACCUGUCUCACAAGUUCAUUCGUCUCAUUUCCAAAUCCAUCAACAACUGCGAUCUGCGAAAUUGGCAUCUUCGCCAUCAGCCCAUUAUCACAGUACAAUGCUUCCGCCGAUGCUGCCUCCAAUGGCUCGACCUGUAGCUAUAAUACGCAGUAGUAAUGAUCCUACAUUAGCCCAAUCACCUUCUUUGACGAUUUCCAACCAAUCUCCAAACUUAACCAACAGCAACUGUAUAGAAAAAAACAGAUUGGAAACGGAUAAUAUUAGACUUGCAACUAGCAUAGAAAACAGAAAUAGCCCCGUUACCACAGACGUUGUUGCCCAACACGAAAUUAGAACGACAACUCCUCCUCCACAAUCUCAAUCCACGGCAUCAGCAACCCCCGAAUCUUUUCUUGACACUGGACGAUGUAAGCUUUUAUCAGCUGGAUCAAACAAAAACAGAAUUACAACGCAAAUGUAUCCAUCAACAAAUAAUAGAGACUAUUUUAAUCAUUUUCAUUCGCAACCUGCAUCGCUUUUGGGCUAUGCCGGAUCCAUUUCUACGAUGUCUGGUGUUAUCAACAGUCCAACCGAUUUAAGCCUGUACUCAGCUCCAAUGUCUGUAUCCCGAUCAAGUACUAGGACUAGAUGGAACGAUGAUCAGCAUAACGUACUUCCACAUUCUUUAUCUAGUACAAACAUAGAAAAUACCCAAGUUAUUUUAAUGGAAGAUUAAUUCAUUUCAGCGACUGGACGUUAUAUGGAUGAUUAUUCAAAUCGUGACUUUGUGUCAUGAUCUAGGCUAAAUGAAAUUAAAGUGAUUACAUUUUUCGGCUUGGGCAUGCCAAAUUUUAAAUUAGAGAAUAAAUAACUAAAUAGGAUCGCUUAUAUAUACAAAAUGCAAUUAAAUUUAGUUGUAAUUAGAGAGUAGGACUUUUGUUUGAAUAUAAUUAGGCUGAUUUCUUUUAGGUUUUGAGUUUAUAUGGAUGUUGGAUUUAGAAACAGAAAUUGAUGUAGUUGUUGUAAUCGGUAAAAAAUGACCAAGAUCUCGUUUUGUUUUCUUUUCAAUCUUUUUAAAAUUGUUAUAAAUAGGUCAAUUUUGCAGAUAUAAGCUUAAAUUUUUAAUAUAAAAUGUAAAAGGAAUGUAAUUUCAUAAUUUACAAUCAGCGAAAAAAAAUUAACAAACUUUGAAUUCGGAAUGAAUGAGAGAACAUUUUUUGUUAUUCUUUCGCUUAUAAGGCGCUUGGAUAUUUUAGCGACCUAAGAUUUUCGUAAACCUAAACCACAUUUUGAAGAAAGUAUAUUUUCGAAUUCAGAUAUGGAAAUUUCAAAAUUAAAAUUUUUGGCAUAUUGGUCUGGAUGUAGUAUUUUGCAUAUUAAAUUAUUAUGCCAGCACAAUUGUUGAAGACAAAAAAUCAAAGAUGCAAUUAUCUUUCAACUCAUUUUAAACUUAAAACUUUUAAGAUGCUGGGUUUAAUAUUUUUAGAACAGGGGCCGUUUUUUAGAAUCUAAGGGCAGAUUUAGAAAGCACGAAACUCCAAAUAAAAAAUGAGAACUAAACUCGAAUUAUAUGAUUUAAAUAUUUUAUAAAAUUAUGAUACAAGCAAUUGGAUCUCUUCCGAAUUUUGAAUUGAGGAGAAACAGAUAAUUUUAAUUGAGCGAUAUAUGUAAAUGUAAUAUAAUAAAAUUAGGUAUUUAAUAAACCAAUGUUAGGCAAUAGUAACACUUAUUAAAGCAUUUCUGAAUAUAAUAAUAUAAAUAUAUUAAUUAAAAAAGUAAAUUCAUUCAACAAGAUGGUAAAUCUUAAAUUCACAAUAUUUAUAAAUUUAAUGUUCAUUAUGUUAAGUUUAUUACCACUUUUAGUUUAAUAUAGACACUUGAAACUCUAAUUUUAACAUAGCGUUUCACACAAUUUGGUCGCAUUGAGUGAACUUACGGAUAAAGUAUCAAAACUAAGAAUAUCUUUACGGUUUAACUUUAAUUGUUUUUUUUUAAUUCUAUAAAAGGUUAAUAGAAAUGUUGAACACAUGUAUGUUCAGAAAUCGCAAUAUAUAGCUUUAUGAAUUAUAAUAUUGGUAUAAUUUGAAAUUGUGAAAUACAAAUAAAAUAUUUUUAAAAUUUUAGUACAAUAAUAAUCUUAAGAAGAUGGCUAGGGGCAUGUGCAAAACCAAAAAUAUUUAAAUUACUAUUUAAAAUUGGCUGUGAAUACUAUCUAACCCUAGCGCUGUUUGUAAUUUAUGCCGAAUGAAAGCGCUUAUUAUAGAGCAAUAGUUUGUUGGACUGCAAUAUUAAUACACAUAUAUAUAAAACCAAAAUAGACUGUAAACAAACGGAGACUUGGCAAUAAUUUAAGAAAGUGUUUUAUGAAAUCAAAGAAAUAAAAAUAAGCCCUUAAAAUUACAAAA